AACAGGAAGUAGGGUUAGGCCGAGUUCCGGGUGCAAGGCGGCUAGUGAGGACAGGAGUGCUGAACGCUGCAGCUGGAAGCUGGUGAGGCUGAGCGGCGAUGUUCCGGAUCGAGGGCCUUGCACCGAAGCUGGACCCGGAGGAGAUGAAGCGGAAGAUGCGUGAGGACGUGAUCUCCUCCAUACGGAACUUCCUUAUCUACGUGGCCCUGUUGAGAGUCACUCCAUUUAUCUUAAAGAAAUUGGACAGCAUAUGAAGAUUGGACAUCACGUGUACAUGCAUGAUAUGAAGAACCUGGUUACAGUUUCUCCUCCUAUCUGCAAAUGAAUGGGCCCAGAAUGGUGUAAGAGACUCUUUGAUUGAAUGGACAUAAAAAUUCUACUUAUUAAGAACAAGUUGGGCUAUGAUUACUGACCUUCAUAGCUAAAAUAUACAACAAUUUGGAAAGUAUGAAAAGACAUCUUGUAAUUAUAGUGUGACCUUAUGCUUGUGAUACUUGGCCUCUGAAUGUUGGUAUGAUUGUAAAUAGUGUCAAACUCCCUUUCAUUAAUUAUAAGGGGAUUAUGUCUGAAAUGGCACUGUCUUGUCAGUCAUUUCUGUUUACAUUUUUACUUCUGUCCAGAAUAUAUUUGUGAAGAGGCCCUUACAAUUAUGUCUUAUGAAGUCAGCACCCAACCACAAUGACAUUUAAUCACAGGACUAUUAGUCUAUAUUUUUAAUAAACAUAGCAAUUAAGAAAA